AGGAAUGCCCGCUUAGAAAAUAAAAAUAAGAAAAAGAGUUACGGGAAAUCCCGCUGCAGGUGAGUAAUUCCCCCGACAGAGGCGAAUAAAAGGCUCGCCAUCUGUCCGAAUCGGGUAGUGUGAAGACCACAGCCUUAAGAAGCACAGGACGACUGACAUUCCCCUACAGGAUGGCGACGCAUUGCAGCUCCCCCAUCUUCCUCGUCGUGUGCUUCUGCCUCGCCCUGACGGCUCAGCAGGCGAUGUCCCACGGCUACGGCUACGGCAGGUGGGGACACAAGUCACCGAGCUACUACAAGCCGUACGGUGGAUAUGGUAGAGGUUACGGAGGCCAUGGUGGCAGUUAUGGUAGUUAUGGCAGUCACGGCAGCCAUGGGCAACCUGGCAGUUACGGCAGCCAGAGAGGAUAUGGGAGCUACGGAAAUCGAGGAAGCGGACACACAAGCUACGGAAAUCUGGGUCGCCCCGUUGCCGUUUCUUCAGGAACUCACGACGGCAUGCGCCCAGGAAGUCAGUUUCAAGGCAGCGGGAAUGGAAUGUCCCCAGUCCUGGGAGUAAGCGGAGUAGGAGUCCAGGGAGUGAGCGGUGUCGCCCCCCUGCAAGGCAGUGGCGAAGUGAGCCACAUUCACCUAGUGGACGGGAACUCAGGAGUGCCAGGCCCAGUGGGACCCACGUUCAUCAACUCAGGCGGACAGGAGGGAGUGAGCGACCUUCUCUUGGGAGGAGCCAGCGGGACUGGAGUCGACGUGACCCAGGUUGAUCUGAGGAACAGUCGUUAGAGGAGGGAAAUAGAGGUCAUGUUAGGUGAAAACAAUAAUAAUUUUAAGGACCAUGUUUCAUUAAAAAAUACCCCUAAAAA